CUUGAAGCUGCAAAUUGCACACUACACAAGGUUCACGCUCGGCGCAAGUCAUGUAUUCGAGAGACACAAAUUCUUGCUUGGUGCAGCGUCGUAAGGAACGUAGCAAGUGUCUGGCACCACGAGAACGCGCUUUCUGGAAGAAGUGAUUUUGCAAACAAAUUUCCGGGAGCAUGCUUCCUGAUUUCUGCCAAAGAUGGAAGCAGAGAAGCCUUUACAACACAGUAUAUUUUCAGCCACAGUAUAGCCACAGUACAACACAGUAUAUUUUGUGUUUUUACAGAGAAUACUUAUAUUAGAGAUAAACUGCACCUGCCGAACUUCAAAUUCGGCAAAGUUCGGCACAUGUCAAACUUUUCAAGAAAAUUUCAACAAAGAUUUUGGGUGCAAAAAUUCCUAAUAAGUUUUUUUUUUCUUUUUAACCCUUUGCGGUCACGUGUCGGGCGUGGCCCGACAUUGGAGAAACGAGUUUCCGGUCAGUUGUCGGACGUCGCCCGACACGCGACUCCCGCUCUCGUUUAAACUUGUUCCUCCGUUCUUUUUGAUUGGGUUGGUGGCGCCAUCUCUCGUCAUGUUUCUUUAACACUUCAUUGUUUCAAUAGUUUGAGUUUUUUUCCAUAGAGGGCAGAAGCACUCGUAAGCGGCGGAAGUGCGGGUCGCUUCGAAUUUCGCUGGCUGGAAAAAGCAUGGCAGCGUUUGCGCCACGCUCCUUUUAUGGGAACUCAUCGCGGGAUUUCGUGGAAAGUGAUGACGAUUUUAGCGAAGAAGACAAUUAUGUGCCUCCAUCAGACGACGAUGAAACAUCCUCCGCUGACUGCAGUGACAGUAGCGACGAAGAAGUGUGUGUACAAGACGACAACAACAGUGGAACCUCUCCUCCACGUGCGCCGGCAUUGUCCUCGUGGACUGCCUACACGGACGAUCUCCCAGACUUCCCUGAUGUGGCGUUCACCGUUCGCGACCCUGGACCACAGGUUGGAUCGUCAAGCCUCGGCUCCGAACUUGAGUUUUUCCAGUUAUUUUUUACGGAUGAACUCAUCGGAGAAAUCGUGGAAGAAACAAACCGGCAUGCCCACGAGAAAAUUUCAUCCAUGGAUUCGCUCGCUGAGCAAUCUAUAUGGAAAAGUUGGGAAGACGUUUCUGUAGAAGAAUUCAAGGCUUUUCUCGGUGUCCUCAUGAACAUGGCCCUCAAUCCCAAGCCAGACAUCAAGGAGUAUUUCAGCCAAGAAAUCUUGAAGAAGAUGCCAUUUUUUCCCGCCGUGUUCACUCGUACAAGAUUUCUCCAGAUAUUUUGGAUGCUACACGUCUCUCCACCUCCGCAAGGUCCCUCACACCAGCCGACACGAGGUAGCAAGGUGAGAAACAUCGUAAACUACAUCGACACAAAAUGCCGUGAGCAUUUCAAGCCCGGCCCGAAGAUUUGUGUUGAUGAGAGUACAGUUGGCUUCAAGGGCAGGGUCUCAUUCAAAUGCUACAACCCGCAGAAACCAACGAAGUGGGGCCUCCGUGUCUAUGUACUCGCCGACUGUAGAACAGGCUACAUAUCAGCAUUCGAGCCGUACUACGGUAGCACAACAACAGAGAGCCUCUACCGGCCAGACCUCCCCUUCACGUGUCGGAUCGUCCUGCACCUCCUCGGCAAAGUGCAAUGCGCUUCAUUCGGAAGUGGGUACCACCUUUAUACGGACAGGUUUUAUACUUCCCCGCAACUUGCUGAGGAGUUGCUCUCUCAGGACGUUUUGCUCACUGGCACUGUCAUGACCAACAGGAAGCAUAUGCCCCAGCAGCUAAAGAAGAAGAUGAAGAAGGGUGACGUGGCAGCGUAUCGGAAGGGUGACUCGUACAUGGCCCUGGCUUGGCAAGAUAAGCGUCAAGUUACCAUGCUGAGCUCAGCACACAAUCCCUCGACAAAGCCUGUGACAAGAACACAAGCACACGGCCAGGCUGUGACACUGGACAAGCCAGUAGUCAUUUGUGACUAUACAGAGAACAUGGGAGCUGUUGAUCGAGCCGACCACUACUGCGCGAGUUACGCGUUCUGCCGCAAGUCCCUCAAGUGGUGGAGAAAACUUUUCUUCUGGAUCCUUGAGGUUGCCAUCGUCAAUAGCUUCCUGCUAAUGCAGAUGCAACAGGCUGCUCAGGGACUGAAGCGGCAAAGGCACCUCAUGUACCGCCGUAAGCUGAUCGAACAGCUGGUUGGCGACUUGCGAGUGCGACCAAAGAAAAGAGGACGAGCAUCACAAUCCGACACUGAGGAGAGAUUAGAUGGAAAGCAGCACUUCAUAUACAAGCUAGAAGAACGUACCAGCAAGGACUGCGCAGUGUGCAGCGAUCGGAAGACAAAAGAAGGCAGGAGAGAAACAGUUUUCUACUGCAAGACUUGCACAAAGAACCCCGGUCUCCACCCCGGAGAUUGCUUCGAAAAAUAUCACACGCUGUCAAAGUAUCGCUAGAGAGCGCGGGAAUGCAGAAGCACUGCGAAAAUAAAUAUUUCUUGUUACCUCUGUACACUGGAGUAAUUUUUCUUUCUCCUUGCUAAUGCGCACAAAAUUAUAUCUGACCGGAACCACCGUCAAGUUGGUCAGACUAUCUGACCUCAAAGGGUUAAAAACAGCCUAGUUGCGACACGCAUGUCAAAAAACAGAUUGUAAGAAAAAAAAAAAAAA